CUCACAGUCCGCCUCAUUGUUCGGGGCCGUGUGUGUCAGUCUCUCUCACAGCAUAAAGGCGACGUUCAGCGCUAAAAACUUGCGAUUCAUGGCAUGGAGGAGCCAGUGGGCAGCUGCAGCCCUCUGAUGUGUGUCAGGUUAUCUGGAAGAGCCGCGGAUCAGGGUCUGAGCCCGGUCACCAUCGAGCUGAAGCGAAGCCUCGUCUAGCUGCUCGAGUGUUGUUUUUUUUUUUUCUUCUUUCCUUUUUUUUUUCUUCCCUGCCUUAUUUUCCUUCUGCUCGGUGAAAUCUGACACAACAUCAGCGGCUCUAUUCUCUUAGUUUUGGAUGGCAGAUUCUUGCUAAUUGGCCCUGCGGUGAUUCGCAAAGAGAAAACACUGAGCUCAAACUGCAGAUGCCUUCAACUUUGAGCGAGAGGGACAACCCCUAAAACCCCGUUUUUACACGAGGGACAGACAUACAGACAUCUCCGUCAUCUCCUACUUCAUGAAAAGGACGCGUUUGGCUGAAAGGUGAUCAGAGAGCUGACGGGAAUCAUGGCAGCUACUUUAUCGGCGGAGGAAGAGCAGGCUACCAGGCAGUUUCUGGAGGAAAUCAACAAGUGGACCAGUCAGCAUGGGGUGUCACCGUUGUCCAGGGAAUUGGCCGUCAAGUUCCUCAUGGCUCGCAAGUUUGACGUCCUCCGAGCCAUUGAGCUGUUCCACAGUUACAGGGAAACACGUCUUAAAGAAGGAAUUGUCAGACUUCAGCCUCAGGAGGAGCCUCUACGCUCCGAGCUGCUCAGUGGAAAGUUCACUGUGUUGAGUGUACGAGACCCUUCAGGGGCCUCCAUUGCCUUGUACACGGCCAAACUUCAUCACCCCAACAAGACGGGCAACCAUGUGGUGCUUCAGGCCCUCUUCUACCUCCUGGAUCGGGCCGUGGAAAGUUUUGAGACCCAGAGGAAUGGCUUGGUGUUCAUCUACGACAUGGCGGGCUCCAACUACACAAACUUUGAGCUGGACCUGAGCAAGAAGAUCCUCAACUUGCUAAAGGGGGCGUUCCCUGCCAGGCUGAAGAAGGUGUUGAUCGUCGGGGCCCCGGUUUGGUUUCGAGUGCCCUACAAUCUGCUCAGCUUGCUGCUCAAGGAGAAACUUAGGGAGAGGGUUCAGAUGGUAAAAAUGGCAGAGCUGCGCCAGCACCUCCCCAGAGACUGUCUCCCACAACACCUUGGUGGCCUGCUGCCUCUGGACGCUUACAGCUGGAACCAGCAGCUGCUGGCGGGCCAGAAUGGCAGAGUAGACCCUGUGGAUGAGUUGGUGGGAAUCCCCUUGGAGGAUACUUCCAUUCACGUCCCUGGGCCUGAGUCCAUGCGCCCGCAGGAGCUGCUGACACACCUCGGCAGGCUACAGCGCUCAGGCAUCCAUCAGGAGUAUGAGGAGCUGCGCAAAGAAAUACCGCCUGGAACCUUCCACUGUGCACAAGCAGCCUACAAUCAGGAGAGGAAUCGCUAUGGAGAUGUGCUGUGCCUUGAUCAAACAAGAGUUCGCUUGAAACCCAGAAGGAACGAGAGAUCAGACUACAUCAACGCAAGCUUCAUGGACGGCUACAAACAGAAGAAUGCAUACAUUGGUACUCAAGGACCACUGGAAAGGACCUACGGUGAUUUCUGGAGAAUGGUCUGGGAACAAAACGUCCUCGUUAUCGUCAUGACGACCAGGACAGACGAGGGCAGUCGGAGGAAGUGUGGUCAGUACUGGCCUCUGGACGAAGGUGGCCAGGAGGUCUACGGUCACAUGGCAGUGGUGAACCAAAGGGUGGACCACCACACCCACUACAACCACACCACCCUGGAACUGCACAACACUGAGACAUGUGAACAGAGACAAGUGAGUCACUUCCAGUACCUCAGCUGGCCUGACUACGGCGUUCCCACCUCAGCAGUGACUCUCAUCGACUUCCUGGGAGCUGUGAAGAGACAACAGAGAAAGAUGGUGAAGGCUUUGGGACUUCAGUGGACAGGCCACCCACUGGGACCUCCGAUGGUGGUCCACUGCAGUGCAGGGAUUGGGAGAACAGGUACCUUCUGUGCCCUGGACAUCUGUCUGUCCCAGCUACAGGACGUAGGCUCGCUGAAUGUGUGUCAGACGGUGCGGCGCAUGAGAACACAGAGGGCCUUCAGCAUUCAAACCCCAGACCAGUACUACUUCUGCUACAAUGCCAUUUUGGAGCAUGCUCAAAGACAGGGCCUGCUCCCAGCCAAUCAGUGAGCCUCGGCCUCAACUUCCCAAACCAAUCUCCAUGAGCCCUGUGAUUCCGGCAGUCAGUCUGUUAAACCCCAAGCCCAUGUUGUGUGACCAAUUAGUCCAGGAAAGUAACUUCCUCACAGAAGCUGUCUUUUGAAAUUAGACCUGUUCUUUACUGGCAGACCAAGACAGUGACAUUAAAAGGCUUGAUUUUCAACAUUGUGUUUUAAUGUGAUAACAUUCAGGCUGCCAACAAUGUGACGUUUUGUUUUUGAUGAACAUAUCUCCAAAAAUGUGGUAGAGUGAACAAACUGCUCUGGUGUCGUGCGGUUUUGUUGUGCGUGGUCAGGCACAUUGGGUAGGGUGAAGUCAUGUCGGUUAACUUUUCAUUUAUUUAUUUGUCGCUGGUGGUUCAGGGACCUUAAAGGAGUAGUUCACCCCAAAAACAAGUUUGUCUGCAGCUAGUAUAUCCCUUGACUGAUAAAAUUAAUAUGGCCACCACAAUCCUGUAACUGCUGCUGUAGAGAAAUCAAGUGUCUCACAGCUAAAUAAAUUCCAAUUCUAUUCAUUUCUCACAACGAGAUACAACAAGAUAUCAACUGGGUUUCCUUUCUGUGGCGAAACAUUCCUCUAAACUUUUUUCUGUUCCAAAUAAGAAGCCUGAUCUCCACUCUCGGGGAACAAUAAUGGGGUAACUUUGCACCUCCUGUGUCCAGUAAAUACUGCAUUCACCACAGUGCAUUUUUAGCUCAUGUCUAAACGUCCCGUAGAUGGUACGAGCUAGUUUUGUAUAGUCUCAAGAGUGUCAAACUGAACACGAGGAGGUAAAACCACAAUGUGUUGCCCAAAAGCCAACUUAGUGGGAAAGUAUUUUUGCCAAGAAGUUGUUGUAUUCCUUCGAGGUUGCACGAUGCAUCCUCGUCUGCCUAAAGCACAUCACCAUUCUCAGCCUGUCAGCCGUGUUCUGUGAUCACUCAUUAAAUUCCUGUCCAUGUGAGUUCCUCUUAAAGGUUUUUUGUUUUUUUUAUUUUGUUUUCCCAAACGAGUCUACUAAAACCGAGGACUGUCCAUCUCACCUGAAUAUUGAGCUUCUAUAGCCGCCUUUGCUCGCUGUGAGCUGUGCCACCAUGCUUUAGUGAUAGUGGGACUGUAUUGCUAAACUCCCCACGCACACUUGUUCAGAGCGGUCCAUGCUGCAGUGACUGUGCCACUGAAGCAUGCAUCUGUUGAAGUCAUCACUUAAGACCUCAUGAGUAGUGCAAUACUUUUUUUUUUGUUUUGUUUUUACACAGAUCACGUCUUAGCACUUUGAAACAACUAUUCCCGAUGUGCUCUGAGAUUAGUCAUUGAGGCGAUAGGAUGGGAGGACAAAUAAAACCUAAUAGUAAUUCUGUAGGUCUACAUGUGAUGCUGGGAGAACUUGAUUGUUAUUGUAAAUUUAGUGAUGCUUAAAUAUAAGACAUUUAGUGACAUUUACUGUAAACAUCUGCAUAGAGCUUUAUUGGGACAAAUCAAGAGGAUUUUACAGGGAAACCAGUAAUUGAUGAUAGAAUAGUUAAAUAAACAAGCACAAAUCUGUGCCUCCAACCCUAUAAAGUUCCUCCUGUGCACUUGAGAGUCAGAAAUCGAAGUAUAUUUUCAUUAUUAUUGUGUUUCCGUUCUACAGACUGUGGUUGUAAUCAGUGCUUUCAUCUGCUCCCAGUAUCUUGCCAUUAUUAUAGAGUACAUGUACAAAAACUGUGUCUGUGUGUCAUAUGUUGCUGCCGGGUGAAAAAAAAAGAAAAAAAAAUGUGUUCUUUGCUACAGAAUUCAUAUUGAAUUUGCUUGUAGUGAAGCAUUUUUUUUAAAAGUCUGCCGUAUUCAUGUACUCUGAUUUUAGAAUUAUUUUUCCUUUCAAUGAUGGACGCAAGAUGUGCUCUAUUUUAUUUUUCUAUUAUAUUCAACAACUGUUUUCAUACGAUUACCCAGGAUUAUACAGUUAUCUACAUUAAUUUUAUAUUUGUUCUGUUAUAACCUAUUACUUUAUCAUUCAUAUAACUAUUGAUUCAAGCUAUACUGUAUUAAAUACAAACUGCGUCAACGUGUA